UCACCAGGCAUCAGGUCAUUUGGCUCGACAGCGGGCACCGUGUCAUCUGGCAAGGCAGUGGGCUCCGAGUCAACAGGCACGACAGUGGGCACCGGGUCAUCAGGUACCGGAUUGUCUGGCUCGACAGCGGGCAUCGGGUCACCAGGUAUGACAGCGGGCACUGGGUCACCAGGCAUCAGGUCAUUUGGCUUGCCAGCGGGCACCGCGUCAUCUGGCAAGGCAGUGGGCACCGAGUCACCAGGUACGACAGCGGGCUCCGAGUCAAUUGGCACGACAGCGGGCCACCGGAUCAGGUACCGGAUCAUCUGGAUCAACAGCGGGCAUCGAGUCAACUGGCCUAAUAGGAUCGUCAGGCUGGAUCAGUUCAUCAUGCUGGGUAGAGGCAUCAGGCUGAAUGCCGGCGUCCGGCUGAGUAGAGGCUUCAGGCCGAGUAGAGGCUUCAGGCCGAGUAGAGGCUUCAGGCCGCGUACAGGCAUCAGGCCGCGUACAGGCAUCAGGCCGAGUAGAGGAUUCAGGCUGAGUAGAGGCAUCAGGCGAGUACAGGCA